AUCCACAGCAAAUUCACGGGAGCAGUUGACGCUUUAUGUCAAGAAUAUUCCAUUUAACAUCAACGAAGAGGGCUUGGCAAACCUGUUCGCUUGUGCCGGAAAUGUACUCCAGGCCACUAUUUUGAAAACUGCGAAGGGUCAAGUAGGCUUUGUAGUGUUCCGGACUGUCAAGGAAAUGGAAGCAGGGAUACGCAUGUUGGAUCGACAUGUGAUAGGCAGCAACAUGUUGUCAGUGAGCAUUGCACUUUCUAAUGAGGCAAAAGCGAAAAGAAAAGCAAGCUGGGAGCGGCAGCAGGAGUUACAGCGGUCGAUCAGCAGCGGGAGCGACCUGAGGGGCCUCCGCGUGACGGCGACCGACGGCGGCGGCGGCGCCACCGUGCGUCACGUCAGCGACUCCGAGGCCGGCGGCGGCGGGGACGUGGUCAGGGAUCGUGGCGGAGGUCACGACCUGCUCACUCGCGUCAAUCGCGGCGCUCCGUCGAUGCGGGGUGGCGGGUCGGGGCGUGGGGUCGGACGGUGGAUGCCGCCGAACGGGCGCGGUAGAGACACGGCGCCAUUAGCGACCUCCCAUCAUCGCGGGACUAACGAGGAUGCGGAGGCGGAGGCUUACGGUGAGCCGAGCCAUCGGCCGACCAACCCACUGGAGGCCGGGCGGCUGGCGGCAGCUCAGGAAGCCGUGCAGAAUGCGGGUGGAGUUACGCCUGCCCAGCUCGAUCGUGGUAAACGGCUGGCGAUGCGCUCCGAUGCAGCAGAGGAGACGAGCGGCAAGGUCGCCGCGACGGUCCGGCCAAAGGCGCCGCGAGAGAAGUGCAUUGCCGUGGGAUGCGACAAGAAUGGUAGCUUCCGUUGUCUGGGUUGCUCGGCCGUUUACUGCAGCGAAGGUUGUCAGAAGAAGGACUGGCCGACUCACAAGUCUCAGUGCAGGCCCGCCAAUACCACCCCCACCACCACCACCCCCAGUCCCCCAGUCCCCGAUUAUUGGAACGGGCCAAGAGCUUCACCGAGACAGAACAACGGCAGCAGUGAAGGUAGGAUGGCAGCAAAACCAGCCUAUAACAGCCACGCGACUGAGCCCAGAGUUGAUAAAGGAGGAAGCUGGCAGCAGGCGGGGACACCAGAAAGACCGGCUGCGAAUGUGUCGCACAGUAAGCUGGAUAGCGGUAAAGGUGGCCAACGACAGGUGACCCCACCAGCCCAGAAAGUACCCCGCCCAAGUGCUCCACUAAGAAAACCCUAUUCGUCCACAAAUGGUCCGAGGGUGGCCGAGGCGUCAAUGGGCAUGUCGCAGCAGACGUCUUCAACAUCUGGAAUAGCCAAGAAGUCUAUUGUCAAUAGCCGCACAAGCCCUACGGCUACCGCAGAUCAUGUGCCCGGGCAACGAGGUGAUCGCGCCGGUGUACGAGGUUACCGCACGUCGAUGGAUCGUACAUCUGCUGCUGACUCGCGGUCUCCUUCAGAGCAAGAUGUGGCAGCUACACUGCCUCCACCGCCCGCGACGGCAACGGUGACACAAGGUUUCCGCGACCGGCUGGAUGCGAUGGUGACGGCGGGCGAGUACAGGGGCGUCAUCGACAAUGAGGCCGGGGUGCCCGAUCGCUUCUACGUGCAGGUGGUCACGGACGGGCAGCAGCAGUUGGAGGCAGCGUUCACAGACAUGAUGCAUGCUCUGAACGAACGUUGCGGAAAGGCGCCGGCCGCCAUUACCGACCGGCCUGGCGUCGGUGACGCCGUCGCUGCGAAGUACGCCGUCGACGGCCUCUGGUACCGUGCGAUCGUCGAGUCUGCCGCCGGAGACGUGCUCUACGUGGAUUUCGGUAACCGCGCGCGCGUCGACCUGCGGACGGUGCACCACCUCGACACGACCUUCAAGCUCCUGCCAAUGCUUGUGGUGAAGUGUUGUCUGUCGGACAUAGCAGUACCAUCUAGUGACUGGCCUAAGGAUGUACUACAAUUUUUCCAAACAUUGUGUGGAAACUGCACUAUAAAGCUGCAAGGCAAGCAGCACGGCACGGCAAAUGUCAAGCUGAAAGUCAGCAUCGACGAUCAGGACGUCGACGUCAACGAGAGAGUCGGACAACUGCUCGCGGCGUCUCUCGUCGUGGCCAACGUGCAGAGGUUGCCGGCUGCCACGGGCGGGGCGAGCGCGGCUGACUCGCUCGCACCCGGAGCGAGGGUCGAGUGCAUGGCCGUGUACUGCGUGUCACCGGACGAGUUCUACGUGAUCAUCCGCUCGCCAGAAUACAUUCAGCAGCAGAAACAGCUAGAGGAGAAACUGCAGGCGGAGUGUGCACGCAUUCCUUGCGAUCCUACUUUUAGGCCUCGCGUCACAUCGCUAGUCGCUGCACUGUCAAACCAGUAUGACAUCUGGUAUCGGGGUCAAAUUGUCUCCAUAACCGGCGACAGCGUUGAAGUCCUCUACAUCGAUUACGGAAACAGUGAGACACUUACUCUGUCUGCCUUACGACCGUUAGACAGCAAUCUAGCGGCCUUACCUAAGCAGGCUGUUAGAGGGCGCCUCGAUGGUAUCAGGUCGCAUACCGGCAGCUGGAGUCAGGAUUGUGUUCAGUCCUUUCAGAUGAUGAUGAGUACUGACCCACUGCUUGAUGCAGUUGUCAAGAGCAUUACAGAUGGGGUGGUCAGCUUUACAGUUACAGGUGUAUCAAAUGGUCAGCGGGUGGACAUUGGAAACGAACUCGUCACUGCUGCCCAUGCAGUGAAAAUCUCCGAAUCGUUAUCCCACAUCCAACCAGCAACCAGUAGUUGCGUCGUGGGCGGGCGACCGGCAACUGGUGACCCGAGCGUCAGGGGUCAGGUCCGUGAUUCGAAUAGCAGUGUCAGGCCGCCGCUCGGGGCGCCCUCUGCCGGGCAGCGAGUGCGAGAGGUCGUCGGUAAAGUGCACCUAGGCGUCUUGCUCGCACCUGGAGAAAGAUUUCAAUGCUUACUGGUUCACUGGGUCUCGCCUGAUGAGUUCUACCUACAGAUUGAUAGACAAGAGCAGGUGGAUAAGAAGACAGUACAAUUGCAGCAGAAGUAUAAUGGCAGCAAAUUUGAUCCUACCUACAGGCCUCGCGUCACAUCGCUAGUCGCUGCACUGUCAAACGAGUAUAAAAUCUGGUAUCGGGGUCAAGUUGUCUCCAUAACCGGCGACAGCGUCGAAGUCCUCUACAUCGAUUACGGAAACAGUGAGACGCUUACUCUGUCUGCCUUACGACUGUUAGACAGCGAUCUAGCGGCCUUACCUAAGCAGGUCAUUAGAGGGCGCCUCGAUGGAAUCACGUCGCAUACCGGCAGUUGGAGUCAGUAUUGUACUCAGACCCUUAAGGAAAGUUUCACUGACUCUAAUAUUGAUGUAGAAAUCAAGAAGGUUGCAGAAGGAGAGGUCAGUGUUAUGGCUAGUACAGUGGGACCGACUGGUCAGCAAGUGGACAUUGCAAAGGCACUAGUCGACGAGGGAUUAGCGGUGAAGAUCACUGAUUCGCUAUCCCAAGACCGAGCAGCAGCGACUGAGCCGAGCGUGCGCGGUCAGGCCAGUAAUUCGAAUCUCGAGGUCCGGUCGCUGCACAGCACGCCCUCUGCUGGACAGCGAGUGCGAGUGGCAAGCUCCGAGUCGCCGUCGCUAGACCGGGCGGUGGAGGGCGGGGCCCGCGUCGAAUGGUCAGACCCGGCGAGCAGUGCAGAUGACCCGUUGGUGUCUCGCUGCCUGUCCGCGUCGUCCACUACGAAGUCAGGCCCAAGGCUUCCUACGCGCAUAUCGCACGAGGGCGCCACCGCGCUGCUCGACCGGAUCGCCGAGCUCACACGUCGUCACGGCGCCGCAGCUGCGGGGGCGCCACCGUACGCAGCCGUCGUCGGCGAGCUGGUGGCGGCGCGCUUUGACGCGGACGGCGCGUGGUACCGCGCACGCGUCCUCGACGACGACGGCGGUGGCGUCCUCUGCGUGCGCUACAUCGACUACGGCAACGUGUCGUGCGUCGUCGCGGCGGACGUGGCGCGGGCGUCGCCAGAGCUCGCGAAGUUGCCGCCGCAGGCGCUGCAUCUGCGCGCGUACCUCGCACCGCCGGACAUGCCGGACGACAUCACCCGCUCAUUCGGGCAAGCGUUGAUGGACGGCAAACGGACGGCGACCGUACAUGGUGGCGCCACCAACGCUGACGAGCCGACGCCCGUUAUCAUCGCGGACCCGGACGGAGGGGAGGACGAUGACUUCAACACACAAUUACUCGAGACACUGAGAUAUAACGCAAAGAGGUCGCCAAUCUAUGUGGAUGAACUUCCAUCUUCCAGGGUUUUGCCACAGCAUGUAGAAAUUCCAAUAAUACCCACCCACCCAUCUUCACCUCAAUAUUUCUUUAUUGUCCGUGCAGAAGACACUGCCAUGGUGACAGAGCUUCAGAAAUCCAUGCAAAAGUUGUAUAAUGGUACAACAGGUGACACCAGCUUCACACCUGAAGUAGGAGAGACAUGCAUUGCCAAAUCGGAGGAUGACUGGUACAGGGCGAUUGUCUUUGAGGCAUCACCAACCGUGUUCAAGGUACACCUGAUUGACACGGGGAAAAAUGUUUAUGUGAGGGAAAUUCGGAGGCCAUUCAGUCAGCUAUUCGUCACUCCCGCAUUUGCCAUACGAUGUAGCCUAAUAGCCUCCACACUUGCGGAAGCCACCGCAGGGUUAGCGAUUGCAGCCGAUGUACCUGCGUUGUCGCCGUCGCUUCAGGGAUCGUAUAACGCGUCGUCUGUCACACUGGAUGCAGUGAGAGCAAACAUCAGACGGCUGCAGCAAUUAGAGGCUGAGCUAGAGAAGGCGAGUUAG